AUGUCCGACCGUUCGGGCGCGACAUCUCGCGAUUUUGCAUUUCAAAUAUCUGACCAAGCAGGUGGAGCAUCGCAACAGCACCCACAGCAGUUCUACGGCGGCUACCAUGCCGAGCACAACGCGAAUGCGUCCGAGGCUACAAGCCAGGCGCAUAGUCAUGACUUUUCCGCGGGAUUUCAUAACUAUACCGGUAACGCGCAACAACACCAAGUGAUGCCAGGACAUCUCACCGGCUUUGGCCUUAACUCUUCUGCGCCUGCAGGCUGGGAUGCGAUUGACUUUUCCGACUUCACGAAUCAGUACGAGCCGCAGGGUGAACUUGUUCAAGAGUACCAAAGUCAAAUAGAUCCUACCAACGACUUCAGCAUUCCACAUCCUGUUACCGCGGGGGAAGCGGCGUAUCAAGCAUUUCCCCAAAGCCAGAGCGCUACUCCAACGCCAAAUGCUGCGCAAAGCCAGGGCCAGUUGUCUCCGCCGCCUCCGCCAGCCCAACCACAGCAGCAACAAAGAUCAGCUAAUCAAGUGGGUAUGAAGAGGAAAAUUGAUUCUGAGCCUUCUUCAACUGUACCGCAAAGUGGUGGUAUCGGAACAGAGAACCCAGCGAAGCGCCAGAACGUGUCGCGACACUCAUCCGACGCCGCAACAGCUUCGCCAGUCCUACCAGCCCCGGCUGACGCUCGUACACCAUCAAUGGCGCGAACUGCAGUCCAUGCUUCUACCGAAGCUGUACCGCAGCCCGUGUCACGAGAGAAUACAGAUACCGAGCGACGGAAGGAGCAGAGCAAGGGUACUGGGCCACAGGGAAGGGUCAUUGAUGUCUCGACACCGCGCAGAGUGCCUGAGUCGCCUGGUGGGCUAGACAUACUUCCUGCUGGCAAGGUGUUCCCCAUACAGAUUGGAUCCGAGUUGUUCAGGCUGUCAGGAGCCUCGUUAGCGUCUGAUGCACCCUCACACUUUUCGCAUUUCUUCAGCCAGCAGCUGCACGACAAUGGCGGUCGAGCUGGCGACAUAAGGACCUUGUACAUCGAUCGCGACCCUGAUACUUUUCGCGACAUUGCGCUUCAUCUCCAAGGCUACCACAUUACACCGCGAGAUGGUGAGCAUUUUGUGAAGCUAUAUGCGGAUGCGCAGUUCUACUCUCUGCCUCGCCUUACCAAACAGCUAUUCAGCACCGACAUCUUUGUGAACAUUGGGGGAACACCCUUCCAGAUACAACGCGAUCUUUUCUCCGCUCCAGGAGACAGCCCGAAUUACUUCUCGCUUGGGUUUGCACAUUUCUUCUCGACGCCAUCCGAAGCCUUUCCGGGACUGGAUCGCGAUGCGCUGCUUCGACCACCGUCCAUCAAGCCUCCGUCAGUGCCUAGUAGAAACGGGCAGAUAUUUGGCGAGCUGAUUCAACUACUGCAAGGUUAUAACGUCGAGAUACGAAACGAAGCACAUCGUUCUCGUCUACUGAGGGACGCGCGGUACUUCCACCUUAAAGGCUUGGAGCAAAAGAUUAUACCUUGCGAGAUUUCGUAUAACCUGAAACGUCAAGAGUCGGAGAUUUUGAUUCGUAUUGAAGAUAUUCGACAGUCUGGUAUCUCGUUCAUUCCUGAUAGAGGUCUCAGCGACUUAGACUCGGGGUCAGCGGGCGUCUCACCAAACUCUCUAUCCAUGAGUAAGGUCGCGAGUCCAGCCACGUCAACAGCAAGCAGCAGUGCAGUCUUGAAGGCGGGAUAUGUAUCGUAUGCACGGCCGUACACGGAUGACCAUGCGAAUAGCAACGUCCUCGUCGUGGAAAUCGCGUCAUCAGAGUCAACAAUGCUGUACCUUCCACUAUUGGCGCAGCAAGAGCCUUUAGUUGAAGCUGAACUCCGAGCAACCUUCCAUAACUCGACCCUCGCACGAGUGUCCUCUCUCUUCUCUGUCAUAGCUUCCAAGAUGGGCUUGCCCGCUACACAACCUCUAGGCCUUAUGUACCUGCAAUCCGGCGGAGGAGUUGCAGCGCAGCCCGUCAGCCCCGCUAAUUCGGGCGUUAGCGAACGUCGUGUUCGCGUACGAGUUGACCAAGAUUGUGCUCUAGAAGUCGACGGAUCACCAGCAGAGCUCGCCAUUGGUGAAGGAGCCUACCUGGGCAUUCGCCGACCGGACAAAAAGGACGGCUGGUUGUGGGGUGGCAAGUCUUUCAACGCCGACGAGGGAGAGGAGUUGGAAUGGACGAUAAAACGCGCGCACUGGCGCAUUCGCGUCGAACCUAUUGGAAGCGAUGCCGAUGACAAGAACAUGCAAGUCGUUUUGUGCGCAGUGAAGAUCGAAGCCUUUACUAAUGAACGGAUACGGAAUUCCUCAAGAGGCUUCUUAGGCAGUGGCUAG